AUGACCGAACAGUCAAGUUACUCACAAGAGCUAGUGAAACUGCUUGAAAAGGGUGCUCAGGCUUUUGCUGAAAAGCAGUAUGAAAAGUCUGUCGAGUACUAUUCUGAGGCAUGCGAGAAGUCUAAUCUUUUGACAGGCAAUGAUGAUCCUGAUUUGCUCUUUUUGUACGCAAAAUCUUUAUUUGAGAAUGCUGUGUCCAAAUCUGAGGUGCUAGGUGCCCAAAAUAACCAAGACGAAAAGGCUGAAGAGACUGAGGACGAUAAUGGAAUGUUUCAAUUCAACGAGCAGCUUGCUGAAAAUGAGGAAGACGAAGAAGGAUCUGAGCAAGAACAGGAAGAGCAAGAGCAAGAAGAGUCUCAUGAGCAAGAACAGGAGCAAGGAGAGGAGGGAGAAGAGCAGACAGAUUUUGAGGUAUCGUGGGAGAUUCUGGAUUUGACGAGGACUUUGUACGAGGAGAAGCUCAAUUCCCUACAGGAUGAGCAAUUGGUGAAGCCAUACCUGGAAUCAGAUAAAAAAGACAUACAGGAAAUCACAUCGCCAUUGGUGGCCAUUAAAAGGAAAUUGAGUGAGGUUUACGAUCUGCUGGGUGAAAUAUCUUUGGAAACGGAAAACUUUAGCCAGGCAGCUCAAGACUUCACCACUUUGGCCAAUUUAAGAACGGAACUAUACCCAUUUUCCUCAAGGCUUGUUUCAGAAGCCUACUAUAAGCUCUCGCUGGCGUCCGAGUUCAACACGGGAGAAGCAGGGUCCAGUGCAACGGCUGUAGAGGCUAUGGAAAAAUCUUUAAAAUCCAUAAAAGAGAGAUAUGAACUUCCAGACGAAGAAAAAGACGAGAGUUUGCUUCAAGAGAUGGAGCAAAGACUGGACGAUUUGAGGAAAGGUGAUGCUGCGAUUCAGGAAGAGAAGAAGAAGAUUAUGAUGGGCAUUUUGGGCGAAAGCGAUGGUACAGAAAUCAAAGCCACUCCUAAAACCGUUCCUGUGAAUGAUUUGACGGGAAUGGUGAAGAAACGAAAACAGCCUGGAGGGAAAGUGGUUACCAAAAAGGUUAAAUCUAAUAAAUAG